AAUGUACAUACAUACAUGUUAUGUAGCUAUUAUUCCCUGCCUUAUUCACAUGCAAAUCAUAUCAAUAAUUUCAUUCUUUACCUUGACAUGAAUCAAAACCAGCUUCAGCCUCUGCCUCUGCUGAGUAGCUUCCUUGGUUCAUCUCCACGAGAGGCUUUGCUCCAAAACCAAAAUCAUAAAGCAUGUGAGGAUGUCACAGUGGCCUUACACAUAGGCCUCCCUGACAAUUCAAGUGGCUCCACCACCAACAAUCAUGGAUUUGUGAGUGACACAACUCAAGUUCCUAACAAUUACUGGAUACCAACUCAGGAGCAGAUCCUCAUCGGGUUCAGUCAUUUCUCUUGUCCUGUCUGCCUCAAAACCUUCAACCGCUACAACAACCUUCAGAUGCACAUGUGGGGACACGGUUCGCAGUACCGUAGAGGACCAGACUCGCUGAAGCGAACUCAUCCACGACCGUUGUUAGACAUUCCAUGCUAUUGUUGCGCAAGAGGGUGCAAGAACAACAUUGAGCACCCACGAGCCAAGCCUCUGAAGGAUUUUCGAACGCUUCAAACACACUACAAGAGGAAGCACGGGUCGAAGCCCUUCACGUGUCGCAAGUGUGGGAAGCCCUUGGCUGUGAAAGGUGACUGGAGAACGCACGAGAAGAACUGUGGCAAACGCUGGCUUUGUAUCUGUGGCUCAGACUUCAAACAUAAGAGGUCGCUUAAGGAUCACAUCAAAGCCUUUGGAUUUGGUCAUAGCCCUUUUUCUUCUUCUUCUGAAGCCGUGUGAUUAAGUAACAACUUUCUUGUCAUGUCAUGAAUUAAUGUCUUUUCUAGUACUUAGAAAGAAAAAUGGAUAGUUAACAGAGAGGGGUGUGUUUUUCGUGUGUUAUGUCAUAUGUGUUAGCAUUUAAAUAGAGAGGAAUAAUUAAGAUGCAGGUGAGGAUUAAUUUGACUCCAAUUUAUUGGUUCCCUUUUUCUGCUUCAUUAUGUAAUUAGUUUGUUCAGUGUGUGCCCUAAUGACGUUGCCUUCUAAGCAUAAAAUCAUAAUAUCUCAAUAGAU